UUACUUCGUGUCGAGGCCGAAAAGGGUAGAGGAAUGAUGAGCAAAGAGAAGGACGAACAAAUUGAACGUCUGAAAACGGAUUUGGGUCGUGCUCAGUUGAAUACGCAACAGCUGAAAAUCAGAUGCGACCAAUUGGAAGAAAGCAACGAACGUCUGAGAAAAGAAUGUGAGGAUGCCAAGAAAUCGGCCGAGUCUGAACGACGUAACUCUACGGUUGUCGCUGACGAGAACAAGCAGUUGGAACGUUCCAAUCAGAUGUUAACGGAACAAAUCGCCGAAAUGCAAUCAACGAUGGAAAGUGCAAGAGAGAAGAACGAUAAACUUGAGGAUGAAUUGGCCGAUAGAAACGCUCUAAUCACGAGACUUGAGACUGAGAACAGAUCGAACAUUAUUGAUAUCAAGAAACUCACCGAUCAGUUACAGAUUCUGAAAGGUCUCGAAAUCGGCGUGGUAUUGCAGGUGAUUAAUCGCUCGCUCAGUAUUGAGCAAAGUUUACGUUCAACAAAAAUGUUCAUUGAAAUAAAGAGUGUUACGGGUGAAAUAAAUCAAAAGUUGCAAUUGAUUACGAUCAGUAUAGCGAAGAAGAUUGGGUGCGUUAAAAAUCAGAAAGCAUUACAGACGGCAACAAAUGAAGGUGAAGUGUUACGUGAACGAAUUGAAGCGCUCCAAAGUGAGACCGUACAGCUAUCGGAAAUGAUCGAAGAAUUGAACCGAGCAAAAGAAGCUGCCGAAGCUGUCGCACAACAGCACGCAGUCGCUGAAAAUGUUUCAAAUAGUGAUGAUCAUGCGGCUCAUGAGAGUGGAGGAUCUGGUGGAUGGUCAGACGUUGGUGAUUUCGAUAUUGAAACACCAGCGAUAAACGACGAAAAGAAGAACGUUUCACCACCUUUAACAGCCAAGAAUGUUCAACAACAACAAACAGCAUCGAAAGGGAACGACAACUCCACCCUUCCGUCUCAAACGAAGAGCGGCAGCACCGGGGAUAUCAUGGAGGUGGCUCGUCUUCGAGCCCAGUUGAAACGUCUUGAGAUUGAUCUCGAUCAAACAAGAUUAUCAUUGCAAAAGGAAGAAAACGUUAGGGAGCAUUUGACGCGUAAACUGGAAUUGGCUGAAUUGGAAGCGAAUGAACGUAAAAAGGAGACUGAGGCGAAGGAAUCAGAACGAGUGGAUACACAUAAUCAGUGCAAGAAAAUGCUUGCGAUGGUCGAGGAAAGAGAUGCAAAAAUACGUCAUUCGGAACAGUUAACAGAAAAGCUGAGAGAUGAAAUCGAUAAAUGGCAAACCGAAGUUCGACAUCUCCAGGAACAGAAUAAAGUUAUCGAGAACAAACUUAACGAUGCCGAGCAGGAGUUGAAACGUCUUCGUGCAGAGAAUAAUCGUUUGGAGACACGACACUUCCACGAGAUGCGUGAAUGCAAGCAUACGAUUACUACAUUGAGACAGGUGAGUCGACAACUGAUCCAUUAUUAUUUGUUAUUAUUAUGGUCACUGUGGAAAAUCUCACUCGAAGAGGCGCAGCGUAUGGCAGCGACUGCGACUGCAGCCAUUCCGCCGCAGUUGCCAGAUAGUGGUGGCAAUAAUCUGAUGAAUUUAUCGAGUAAUGGAUCGUCGGAUCGCGAGUAUCCGAGCGCUCAUGCAAUUGGCUCUCGGCUUGGUCCGCCUCCGUUGCCUGCGAUCAGACCGCUUUGGGGUGAUGAUGAGGCCGCUGAAGUGUUUUCGGCUGGUGAAUCAAUAUCGUCGAUGAUGAGUGGACGUGGUUUAAGACACACGGCCACCUCACCGGAUAACUUGUCCAGUGGCGUUCCACUGAAGAAAGGUAGCGUAAGGUCGAGACGUUCACAACGUGAACAACCCAGAAGAGAGGUUUCCCCGGAAAUCGAUCUUAUGCAACACGCACCAAGACCGAAAAAGUUGGAGUGGUUUCAGGAGGGUCGUCGAAUGCGUUCACGAUCGCACGGACGACAUCCGUUCUUGACGAAUGCUCCUUCGUAUAUGAUGAUGCAACCGCCCGCAUUCCCUGACCUGUUCAGCGAUCAUCCACCCCCACCAACAUUACCUUUCCAGCCGUCACUUCAUAAACGAAACUCCAAGAGUGGCAAUUUGUACUAUUCGUCUGGUGGUUCAAACGGUGGUCUUUCGCCUCCACCUGAAAUGGCACUCCUUUCUGGUGUCCCACCGCCCGGUAUGUCGAUCAGAAAACCAACAGCAACAUCCAGACCUAAAAGUUGGUUUUCUUUUUUGUUCCUUUUGACAGUCCUGACGAUUGUUUCUUUGACCCACUUGAAUUGGUCCAAAAUUUGA